AUGGCGGUCUCCCGACUCUUUCCCCUCGCUUUGGCGUUUAGCGUGGCUUUGAUCAUUGCUGUUUCGACAGUUUACACUUUCAUCAAUGGAUACAGCGAAGACUUUGGUUUGGUGUUUAAAUUCAAGCGAAACCAAGAACCGUCCGUUAGACAAUCAACUCUUGACAAGGGAAUGCCAUUCCCGCAUACCAACAUUCGCCUACCAAAACAAGUUCUUCCACUAUCCUACCGCAUUUACAUCCAUCCAAAUUUAACAACGUUCAAGUUUACAGGCACAGUUAACAUCUUACUUCGAUGCUUUCAACCAACGAAGAACUUAAUAUUACACAUGCGCGAUCUCAGCGUUGGAGAAAUACAACUCACAGAUUCAAAACAAAAACGUUUAACGAUUGUAAGACGAAUGCAGCACAAGGAAAAUCAACAAUAUUUGAUUGCCACAAAUGAGGAGCUCAAAGAAAAAGAAAGAUAUUCACUUAAUAUGGAAUUCAGUGGAGUUCUAUCUAAAAACAUGGAGGGAUUUUAUCGAAGUAGCUACAAGACGAAAAGCGGACAAGUCAAGUUUGUGACCAAUAAAUAUUUUCUCCUUACAAUAUUGAUACAUUUUUAAGCAGACAUGUGAUGAGAAUGAGGAAAAAUUAUCGGGAGGGUUUGUUUGAUUCAACACCAAAUUCUAAGAAAGAUUUUCAUGAAAAAUUCGAUGAAGACAGUAGCGAGAAUUGGGCAAAUUGGGAUAUCAAGCGUUCAUGAGGUCAAACAGCGACCAGAGAUACAUAAAUUCAAACCUGAAUUCAGUGCGUUGCCACGGGACAAUCAACUAUGCUUCAUGAUUUUUAAUCUGUUCUAGUCAAUCCCUGAAUGUAUCUUUGAUUUCAAAUUGCAGAUACUUAGCCACAACUCAGUUCGAGGCUACAAACGCUCGCUCGGCAUUUCCAUGUUUCGACGAGCCCGCAUUUAAAGCGGUUUUCCACAUCACUGUAGCACAUGACGAUAAUCACAAAGCGCUGUCCAACAUGCCUCUAGAGUCGAGUGACAGAAGACAUGAUGGUCUUGUGGAGAGCCGUUUCAGUGCAAGCGUUCCAAUGCCAACGUAUCUGGUGGCGUUUAUCGUGUGUGACUUUGAGUAUAGAGAGUCAAAAACUAAGAGUGACAGAAAGGUAGGAUAAUUGACCUGGAGUUAAAUUUCACGGUGUAAGGCUCCACAAGUAAGACUUCCAGGUCACAACUUAACUAAUUACCAGGGCUUUCCAUUCGUCAGAAGAGGCCGAUUGGACCGUUAUGUCCAUAAAUGGAAAGGGGCAGUUCUGACAACUGACGUAAUUGAGUUUCAAGCUUCUUUGCUGGCGGACUAACCGCAAGAUGCAAUGAAGCUCUGAAUGGCCAUUAACAAAGACGAUUAUACAAAACAUUACCAAACCUCAGGUAUAGAUAGUUCGUUUAAUUUGGCAAGACUUAGAAAGCACCCUUAGUAUCGUUAGAGGAAAGAUUGUCAAGGAUAUCCUAUCUACUUCUUUUCUUAAUUGUGAAUACUCCGUCCAUUUUUUUGCACCAGAAUAUUUCAGCUAUCAAUCUCGAUUGUAAAACUGCCAUCUUAUAUUAUUCGGCGGAUGAGGUUUAGAUAUAGUCAAAAUAAUGCAUUCAAGAAUACAAAUCACUUCAAUUAAGCAGUGGAAAUUACGAUUAUCCUGAAAAAUUCCUGAAUACAGCUUCUAACAAUCGAUAUUUCCUUUAAUUACCACCACAAUUAGCCUGUGUUAAAAUUGAACAGUCUCGAGACAUAUCUUUUUUUCUGAAUUAAUCUCAUGAAUAUUGGAACACAUUUUAGAAUGAAGAAGGACAUCGAAACCCUUUCCUUCGAAACAACAGGAGAAACAUCUAAUCGACAUCUAAGUAAAUCACGUACUGUGAAAGAGCUCAAAUCUCGUGAAAAGCUUGGUGACUUAACAAAAAAAGCGGGGGAUAAGUAAAAUUCUAAGUUGCCUGCAAGCAUUUAAUCCUCAUUAACUCCGAAUGCUAAAUCAGAGAACUCGUUGGUGAUACACCAGGUUUAAAUUUGAUGCUUGUGAUAUUUUCUAGAUAAGGGUGUGGUCUAAGCCUGAUGCUUUACACAGUGUGGACUUUGCUCUCGAUGUUGCCAAGCGCACGUUGGAAUAUUACGAAGAUUUCUUCAAGGUUCCGUAUCCACUUCCUAAGUUAGGUAGGUUAAAGACUGAGAAUUAUUACAAUUGGUCCUUCCUCACUUGGUUAAUAACUUCUGACUGCUCAUAAGCUAUUGCGAGGGAACAUUCACUAUUUAUAGCACGGGGGGGUGGGGACAAUUUUGGGGGGAGUUACAAGGUUUUCAGGAAGAAAGCUGAGGGAUCAGUCGUUGCAAAAAGAGUAUAUAGAGGGAACUUAAGAAAAUUGACCAUCAGUUAAAUGCCAACAAGGUAGGGAUCAUAAGAAUUCUGCAGAACAUUAUGGGGGGAUCAGGUAAAUUUCAUCGAAACACGACCAAAAUAUACCGACCCCUCCCUCCCUCCCCCACUCACCCAAAUGAUUGAGGGAGGACGCAAAGUAGACCACACCUAAUUCACCAUGAGGUCUAAAGUGAGUCAGAAUUUCACAACAGCGUUUGACAAGUAAUUCCUACCUAAUAUAGUAAAUUAUUAUUUAUGAAAUCGUUCAAAUCACUGUUUUACAGAUCUCAUAGCAAUUCCAGAUAUGGGUGGUGCUAUGGAAAACUGGGGACUAGUUACAUUUCGUGAAUCUGCUGUACUGUUUGAUCCGAGCACCGGAAGCGUGGCUGAUAAGAAACUGGUUACCAUGAUUGUGAAUCAUGAACUUGCGCACCAGGUACGGGCAAUGUUUUCACCGCAUCAAGAUACUUGCGCAAGCAGAUGUGUUGACGCCACACUCAAUAUUUUGUGUAUGGUUCUAUUUUGAACUUAGUGCGCUGCUACAACCAGUUACAAAAAAAUUUUGAGACACCUUGAGCAAAAAUGUAUUUCCCGAUUUCAUUGAAUGGCCAAGAAAAAAUUUAGUGUAAAAAACCAAUAGCAACCCCCCCUUCUCCAAUUCAAUGUUUUGUACAAGAUACUGCUUAGCUUGCAACACUGCGACGGGAAAGGGGGGGGGGUCGCUUGGUGAACAGUUUUCCUUCUACUGGUCAUAUUUCACCACUACUUCUGCAAACGACCGUAACUUGUCUUAGUUCUUUGAAGUUUUUAUUGGUUGUCGCCUCUUAUCUUCGGUGAUGAGAGGGGACAAAAUUACUAGCUAAAAGGUGUUAUAUUGAUAUAACUCCAGCUUCUCUCUACCAAUUCAGAAAGAAAUGUAUGGCAGCUAGUAGGGAGAAUGACUAAUCACUUCCAUAAACAAAUGACUUAAAUACUUCUUUCUUACUUCUUUCAGUGGUUUGGCAACUUAGUGACAAUGAAAUGGUGGAAUGACUUGUGGUUGAAUGAAGGAUUCGCUGUCUACAUGGAAUAUCUUGCCACUGAUAACUAUAACAAUCACUGGAAAAGGGUAAGAGCAGUACUUACCAAUACUCUUAGUCUCCCGAACGUAACCUGCGGCCCUUCAGAAAAGUUCUCCAUUGGUCCUGAUCUUCAACAGAUGUUACUGCAUCUUUCAAUGGCUACCAUCCCAUCAUCCCCCGCUUUCUAGUACCUUUUCUUCUCCACGCCUCUUUGACUCAUCUAAUGAAAACAAAAGUGAAGAGUAAGCUAAAAUAGAUACCCACACUUUGAGGAGAGGUGUUUUCAAAAAAUCACUUCCACAGAGUUUGUGGUGACGAAACGUAUCUCUGUGCUUAAAAAUUAGAAUUUAGGUAUUUUUUCUGUUAUAGGAAGACCAAUUCAUACUGGAUACGUCGAGAGAAGCUCUUGAUGUAGACAGCUCAAUGUAUACUCAUCCUGUGUCUGUUAAAGUUCACAAUCCAGCAGAAAUAAACGAAAUCGUGGAUAAAAUAACAUACCACAAGGUACGAUUCCGAACUAUUUUCAAAUAUCCGUGCGCUAUUGUCAGAGAUCUAACGACUGUGGCUUGCUAAUAACGACUAUUAUUUCUCACAAAUGUUUGAUUUUACAGAGUUCAGCCCUCAUUAGAAUGAUGCAAAACUUCCUCGGAGCGGAAACUUUUAGAAAAGGAAUUCAGGUAUUAAACUCCUGGGCAAAUCAGGCAUUGCUUCUUGUUUAUUUCCGCUGAUUUUUUUUCAACCUCCCAUUUUAUUCCUUCAGAAAUUACAAAGUAUAAACUUAAUCCUCUACACUUUUUUAAAAGAGUUUUUCUUCACCUCUCGAUUUAGAUUUACCUAAAGGAUCACCAAUUUUCAAAUGCCAAGGCGUUGGAUCUUUGGAAAGCGAUGAGUUUGGUGAGUGCUUAAUGUAUACUUCUCAUUGUGUCGGCCCCCCCCCUUUUGAAAUUGCUGGUGUUGAAUAGAUGAAAAACACGACAGAAAGUUUCGAUAGUCAACAGCGCGUCAGACUUCUUAGACAAAGCUGUUUUGGUCUGCGGUAAUUCCCUGUAUUCUCAUGACCUUAAUGUAUAACUCAGGAUUAGUACUGUAACACAGAACAAAACCCAAUAGAGCCUUUGACUUCAUACACAGGCCACUGAAAAUCAUUUAGAUGUUGCAACAGUAAUGGCUCCAUGGGUGAGCCAAAAAGGAUUUCCUGUUAUAUCUAUAAUCAGCGACAACACUCAGAAAAAAGAUGGCCGCUUGUCGUACACAGCGAGUCAGAAAAGAUUCUUCCGAGAUUUUACUUCGCAACAUUUAAAAGAUGGACAUACAGAAACGUAAGUUUAUUGUCAUCUUUUCCGAGUGUUGGGAUUUUCUUUAUAGUUAUUUUCGCACUUUGGAAGCAUAGCAAAUACCUUUCAAUAGAGGUCACCAAGCCACGUGCAAUAAAAUUUUGGGGGCAUGUUUAAACAAUGCGUCAAACGUUGAGACUUUCUGUGCUUUUGAUUUAGAGAUUUGCUAAAAACAACUGUUCAACUGUUUUAGAAUGGAAAAGAAGACCUUAGCGAAGAUUUAAACCGCCACACGUUCUUGACUUUCGCUUUAAAACACUUAAUUAUUUUUGAAACUAACAUCGGCCAUCACUUUCCCAGACAUUUCCCAACAUUCUCGAUUAUGAAAAAUAUGUUUUGGCAGACUUUUUACUUCAAAGCAGCUCAUGUAAACAUUAACCCAAAGCUAAUCCCAAAAUCUCACAUUUCUUCAUCCCUUAUUCAGACCUGGAUGGUUCAUUCCGCUGACAUAUAUUACCAGGGAUUCACAUGAUAGUAUCAAUACAGUUUGGAUGAACAAGACUUCAGGUGAGAAUUCCAAUACUGUGUGUUCCCAUUGACGUAUCGUUUACGUUGACAAUUAAGACAAAAACGUAAUCAUAAGCAGCCAAUGAAAUCCAAGUGCAUAUAGUUAAAUGGCAUCAAGUGCAGCAAAGACAAGAGACCAAGUCGCCACUGUUUUUCAUCUUAGAUUUGAUUGGUUGAGCGGAAGUGGCUUGAGUUUUCUAGACCAAUCACAGUGCACAGUGGAGGAAAACCAAUGCAAUCCCUGAUUGCUUCUUAUUCUCAACUAACGAUUGCUCUGUUCCAGUCGUUCUGUCUUUGACGCUUACAGAAAUAUAUGCUUUCAAUUCCUAGUUACAUUUCAGCUAUCCUUCAGCGAGUCUGGUUGGUUUAAGGCAAACGUAGGACAAACAGGCUUUUAUCGAGUCAACUAUGACGAGGAAAACUGGAAAGGACUGAGUCAGCAACUGCUUCACAAUCACACGGUAAGGUAUCGACAUCUAAAGUCAACUGUCAGUUGCAAGAAAAGAUUUUUAUGCACCAGCUACCCUUAUCAAUAUUUGUCAGAAAUCCAGCAAGUCGCAAAACUAAUCACAGCAGAAAAUUUUUGAAGAAUAUAACAAAACUGACGAAAAAUCAAAGCAGGCGAAAUAUGCAAUUUAAGGCGUUCAAAUUGACCAGGUCUCAAUUAGAUUUGGCUAUAAGUCUGUUUACGCGAGAUACAAACGUAACAAUCAAAUGAAAGGACAGCUAAAGUUGCGCGCGAUACAGACGUAACAAUCAUAUGAAAGGACUGCUAAAGUUGCACGAGAUACAAACGUAACAAUCCAAUGAAAGGACGGCUAAAGUUGCGCGCGAUACAGACGUAACAAUCAAAUGAAAGGACUGCUAAAGUUGCACGAGAUACAAACGUAACAAUCAAAUGAAAGAACAGCUAAAGUUGUGCGAGAUACAAACGUAACAAUCAAAUGAAAAGACAGCUCAAGUUGCCCGAAAUACAAACGUAAUGAUCAAAUGAAAAGACAGCUCAAGUUGCCAGAAAUACAAACGUAAUGAUCAAAUGAAAGGACAGCUUAGGCUGCGCGAGAUACAAACGUUACAAUCAAAUGAAAGGACAGCUUAAGUUGCACGAGACACAAACGUAACAAUCAAAUGAAAGGAUAGCUAAAGUUGCGCGCGAUACAUAAGUAAUAAUCAAAUGAAAGGAAAGCUAAAGUUGCGCGAGAUACAAACGUAACAAUCAAAUGAAAGGACUACUAAAGUUGCGCGAGAUACAAACGUAACAAUCAAAUGAAAGGAAAGCUAGAGUUGAGCGAGAUACAAACGUAACAAUAAAAGAAAGGAAUGCUGAAGUUGUGUGAGAUACAAACAUAACUAUCAAAUGAAAGGAAAGCUGAAGUUACCCGAGAUACAAACGUUACAAUCAAAUGAAAAGACUGCUAAAGUUGCGCGAGUUAAAAACGAAACAAUCAAAUGAAAGAACAGUUAAAGUUGUGCGAGAUACAAACGUUACAAUCAAGUAAAUGGACAGCUAAACUUACGCGAGAUACAAUCGAAUCAAUUAAAUUAAAGGAAAGCUAGAGUUACUCAAGAUACGAAGCAGUCGGCGAGAUAGAACCGAAACUACGAGCAUGUUACGGAACGACAGCUACCCAACGUGAGAUUCCAGCUUAACCGAUUUUUCUUGUAUUUUUGUCUUCAAGGUACUAAGUCCAUCAGACAGGAGUGGUUUGAUAGACGAUGCACUGAGUUUAGCGAGGUAAAGCUAAACUUGAUUUAAUCGUAAGGGCUUCGUCUUUGGUUCUUUUGUGUUUGUUUGUUUAUUCUUGUUUUGCUAUGUUUUGUUAGUUGGUUUGUUUUAAGUUUGUUUUUUGAGUAGUGUGUUGCCAAGAGAUGAUCGAGUUAAGACACCGAAUGGGUCAUAAAAGCCAUAUUCCAAAGCGAAUGCCACAGAAGUUAUUUUUAGACUCCAGGCUGUCUGUUUUGAGGAGAAUACUAUCCGACUGCAAGUUAUUUUCCUGAUGGACUGUAAAUGUUUUCGCGAAUAGCGAAUAGACAUCGCACAGGUCGUCCACCUGAGUAAAAUUCUCAACAUAGGAUUCCUUUCCAAAUCGAGAACGAGUUUAAAAUAUCUACGAUAGACGAUAGACGAUAGACUGCGAUAAUAAUAGUUCACUGGGGACUCUCAUCUGACGCCACUCUCGAGCAAUGUAAGAGAUGAUAAUUUUAAAGAGAUCUAACCUUUAGAAAUGUGUUGCAAUGUAACUUUCAACAUCUUAAUUAUUUUCCUUCAGAACGGGCGUGCUAGAGUACAAAAUUGCAUUUCAAAUAAUUGAGUAUAUCAACCACGAACUUGAGUAUGUACCAUGGGCAGUCACUCUGCGAUCAAUGGCUUACAUUGGAAACAUGCUGAGCUCAAGAGCUUCCUACAAUCUGUACCAGGUAGCGGUCAUUGAUGGAUUCAACCCAUGAAUCCAGAAAGGAAUUUUUCAUCGCUUGACAAAGCCUACACAUAAAAAUCAUCCUCUUUUUCUUUUGAAAAAGGGCACGACUGUGGGAGACUGCGUAACCCAUAAAAGAGGUUCAUUCCCCGGAAAUAUCCGAAUACCCACCAUUAACUUAGUUGCUAGGCAACAUUAUAGUAUUGGAUUUCGCACAGGUCGCCAAUACUCCCGUUGUUCAUUGACUGGUGGGAAAAAACUUGUAAAAUCACAACCGCCUUUUGCGAAGAUUCAUGACUUCCUUCUCCUAACUAUUCGAAGUAAUCAUUCAAAAAAUUUGUAUUUAUUGUAGCAAGUACUAACAUUACCUCCUCCUAGUGCUGACUGGUAAUUUUUUUAAUUUUUUAAUUGCAACAAGCAAUUUAUCGUGGAGAAAAUAAAGCAUUUGGGAAUGAUCCUUGGAUGGAAGGAUACGGGAGAACUAAUUGACAAGUAAGAAUUUACGUUCAAUCAAAUCUAACCUUUAAGAUUGCUUGCUUGCGUGGAAAUGAAUUGUGACGUAAUUGCACCGGGGAUUGCGAGGCUUGGAGUAUUCACAUGCGACAACCCACUAUUUCUGCGCUUCACUCUUUGCGAGCAUUGAUUUGGAAAAAAGGACUUUUUGAAGUCCAGUUAUCACUCAGUCUGUUUUAAAAUUACGUCGAUUUUAACAAAGAACGGGAAACUGCUGAAUAACACAGUUAUUAAUCUCUUCUUUUCUCUCAGAUCUCUUCGUGAUCUGACCCUCUCUACUCUGUGUUCACACGGUAACACAGAGUGCGUGAACAAGUCCAAAAAGUUGUUCAACGACUGGUCAAAGGUCAAUGGGUAAGAGAAAAUUGUGCUUGUCCUAAUGUUUCUGUGAUCUUUUUAAGAAGCUACGUCACUAUAUUUUGAAUCUCUUGCCUACAACAUGAAUAAUUAGUACAGGUAACAACAUGAUUUCGAGUGCAAUUUGGUGUUAAUAAGCACGAGUACAUUUUUCAAAUGCACAUUUUAUGUGUUUAUUUACACCAAAUUGCACGAGGAAUCGUGUUGUUCCUUGUUAAUAAUUUAUAUGAAAAACGCAUCACAGAAAGUCUAGAGGGACGAAAUUUUGGCAGCACGCGCGCGCUACUUGUAAUUUGCACUCGUAUUAAAACUUUGCACAUGAAAAAUGCACUCGUUUUCAGCCAAUCAGACGCGCUUUUCCCAUGUACAUUAUCACCUUAUUUACAGGCGUGUAUUACUUUUUGUUGGCCCUAAAAUUAGCAUGAUUCACAUAACCGGAAGUAGAACAUAUUGAACGGCAAAACGUAGUCAUAUCACACGAUAUUAAGCUAUUGAGAUAUAUAUUGUCUUUUUUGGAUCGUUCAGUGGUUGUGCCAUUGCGUCGCUACAAGGUACUCUGGUGAACUGCACCAUCAUUGAGUCGGCAAAUCUGAUUUACCAGGAAGAACACGAGUUCGUGAAUUAAUAAUAAAAAAGACGUAGCUUACCUUCUGAGCGGCAAACAUGAGUCAUUCUUAACAGUAAACACCUUGUGCACAUUCUAUUUAAAUAUACAUUGCUAUGAGACUGUUCAUUCAUUCAAGUACUGGCGCCAUUUUCCUUUUUCCCUAAUAGAAGUCAGACAGCGGUUGACACGUAGGUGGUGUAACAGUCAUAAAUUUGACAGUCGCAUACCACCGGGUCUGACGGGUUUACUAUAUUCUCGUAAUCAAUUAAAAACUCUUAAAAAUUUAUUUGUUUAUAGAAGCAAACCCAUCAUGUCACACCUUAGGAAGAUUAUUUACUACACAGCUGUUAAAUACGGAGGCCAAAUUGAGUGGGAAAUUUUAUGGAGAAAAUACAAGGAAUGCAAAAAUGCAGCAGAGAGAGAAAAGAUUAUCUCGGCUUUAGGUGCUACACGGGAUAAAAACGUUUUGAAAAGGUAGGAGGCUCAAAACCCACAUUAUUCAUUCAUUCCUUCAUUCGUUGAUUCAUGCAUGCUUUCAUGCAUUUAUUUACAUAGGACUGAGCUCGGAAAACCCGACUUGAGAAUGACAAUGAUAAUGAUGAUAAUGGUGAUCAUACUUUCAAAUCGCAUACGAGAGAUCUCCUAGAAAUAGACUGGACACUAAUGAGUUGCGGAGGCACCCAGAGGGUGACACUAAGUAGCACAGGUCUGCUACUCUCUGACACACUGUUUCAGAUCACUCCCGCAGUUAUUUAAGGGCCUGUUAAGCAAGGAAGUAGAGCAGUGCAUUUCAGUUACAACCCUAGUCCGUGAAAUAAUCGCGUGCAGUUUUUUAAUAGUUGACUUCAGAGUGAAUGCUCUACCAAUUUCAUUCCAAACCAAACGUUCUAGAAAAAUUACUCUUGAAACUUGUUAACGAACUUCAUGCAAUGUCUUCCUCUGUGUAAUAGAUUAUUAAAGAAAGUUUUGAUGAGCAGUGCCGAGGUCCGCCCCCAAGACUUCAUUCAAAUUAUUGGGACUGUAGCGAGUAACCCCGAUGGACGAUGGCUGGCUUGGAAAUUUUUUGACAAGAACUUCAAAAAAAUAGUUAAAAGGUAUAGUGAAUGAAACAAUAAGAGCGAUUCCUUUUUAUCUUAGACUUCCUCAAAACUAUUAAAAGAUCUUUUUCCCUGAUCUUUUCCUUUAAAUGCGUGUUCUGAAUGAUAUCCUCAUAAAGGAUGACUCGUCAUGGGUGCGGGAAAGUUCUUGGCAGCUGAAUGACGAUUAAUAUUAAUGUUGGUGAGACACGAGAAGGAAGUAUUUUUAUUUCUUGUAAGUUUUGAUAGGUUAUUACUUAUGGUCUAUUGGAGGACGGACGCAUAGAUGACAUCACCAAUAACAAUAUUUUUCUUCUUUUUUUUAUGGAACAUAUAGAUAUCCUUGUUACCGUGCGUCUGCUUGGUAGCAGAUCACAGAAGGCGUAAAAAUGUGCGAAGAACGUUAGAGGCACACUCGCCGGCGCUUCGUGCGAAACUUUUCGCACUUACUACACUUUGACAACGUCUGUGGUCUUUUACAGAACGGCGGAUGAUGAAUUCUGUUUGUUCAGCUCACUGACUGAUUAAACAUUUUUUCUCUAGGUUUGGUAAUGAAUCAAGAACAGUCGCAUUUCUCUUAGAAAAAACAACAGAAAAUCUCAACACACGAAUAGACCUUAGAAAGGUAAAAACAAAACUUUUUGUAGAAGUUGUGUUGUUUCAGCAGCUACAUAGACAGUCUUAUCAAUUCGUUACUGCAUAAUUGUUCAACGUCAUUGCAUUAGUAAAUAAAACGAGUUUAAAUCCCACAGUAAGCGGCCCACAUAGCGCUGAGUGCAUAUCGAUCACUCAUCCUUAUUUUCCCACACUGGCCAAUCAGAAUGAAGGAAUAUUUCGCAUGGAGGCAGUGAGAAACCAACGCAAAAACAAGCAAUCUGCGUGGUUUUAGUACUGCAUCUGACUGAUUGAAAGGUGCGAGCUUUCUCCAACAAUUAUAGAACACAGCGAAGUACAACCAAAGUAAUACCGGAUUUCUUUUGCCACGGAAUCGAAAGUUGUUCUAUUAAAGACAUCCAACGAGAAGCGGAAGUGAAUACAAAUAAUUGCCUAAAAAGCGCGACUGGUUUCAAUUGUAGAUCCCAAAUGGAACGGCUUGCUGCCUUGCAGUGUAAACUAUUUGAAAGUUUGUUUUUAUUAAUUCACAUCAAUGUUUUCAUUUGCCUAAACAUUAUUAACGCCACUUCUCCACUCUCACACUCUUCUUGCAGGUCAAAGAUUUCUUUGAGGAACAUCAAAGAAUGCGCCUAAUUAAGUUAUCCAGUAAGAAAAUUCUAGAGACAAUCGAAACAAACAUUUACUGGAUGUGCACUAAAAUCCAGAAGGUGGAAAGGUGGCUCAUGGAUCGACAAAAUAAGAAUUAA